AUGGCCGUGUAUCAAAAGAAUGAUUAUGGUAUUCGAGAAACAGGAGUCACAGCUAGUGUUCCUGAUAAUGAUGUCGCACGGUGUAUGUACUAUUUAAAAUGCGUCUGUUCAGUUAUAGAAUGUAGCGAUGCAGACAUUCUACGAUACACGCGAUAUCAAAACUAUUGGGCUUUAUCUGAUGCGGAAGAUGAAAUUGUUUAUAAACUUUGUCGGUUAUUAAGUCCAGAUGAAUUUGAAGACAAAGUUUUUUUCGAAAGCGAAGCCAUGUGUGGUUCAUCAGGCAACAAUUUCUUUGAGAUCAGCCAAGUACAAAAUCGAUUGGGUGUGGUUGGAUCCAUUCUUAUUGCUGGUCGAACUCGCCGAGUAACAAGCAUCAUGACUUACAAAAUGUCGUGGAUGAGAGCAAAUUACAUUUAUCCAAUGAAUCGUCUAGCAAAUCGAUUCAAUCGUGAACGACGUGUAGUGCUCGCUUUACAAGACGCCGAUUGUACAAUUUCAUAA